GUAUCACAUGCAAUUAAAAGAUAUGUUAGGCUUGGACAUAAUAUAUCUGAAGGACAAGAUAUAGUAGAAGCUGCCAAAGAGAUUAAAGGAACAUCAAUUGCAAAUAUUGAGCCUGAUCGUAAGCACAAAGAAGAAAAAAAACCUAUAAUUCCUGGAAUUUCAAAUUGGUUUGAAUUCCAAUGGCCAGUUGAAGGAGAGUUUUCUGGUUUCGUUCGUGGUAGAGCUCUUCCAAAUUUUGGAAAAUGGAAUGAUUUCUCUCCUGAAAACAUUCGUAAAUCAAUGAAGGGAGGUGAACAACAUAGGCCAAAUCCUCAAAUUUCCACACAUACUGACUCCCAGGCUCAAUGGAUAACACCAAUGCCAUCAACAGAACCAGGUAUGGGAUUGGAUAAAUUAAAGAAAGAUGAUAUUAAAAAAAUGUUGGAUCAAAGAGGCCUAAAUUAUGAUGAAGAAAAUAAUCGAUCAGAUUUAGUUGCACUUUUAAGAGCAAACAUUGAAUUUGAAACAGAUAAUAAAAUAGAAGAAGAACAAUUUGAUAAUGCUGAAAAACAUAUAGCAACAAGGUAUUUGGGAAAUUUGAUUGUGUUGAAACUCUAA